UCAGCUCAGUCAUGUGAUCAGCUGGCACUGAUGAUCAGUGUGCCCUGAUGAUCUUUGCAGCCCCAGCAGUGCCACCUGUUAGUGUCCAUCAGUGUCAGCUGUCAGUGCUCAUCCAUGCCACGUGCCAGUGCCCAUCAGUGCCACAUCAAUGCCACAUAUCAGUGCCCAUCUGAGCUGCCUUUCAGUGUCACCCAUCAGUGCCAGUCAGUGCCACCUAUCAAUGCCAGUCAGUACUGCCAAUCAGUGCCACCUAUCAGUGCCAGUCAGUGCCGCCUAUCAGUACCAGUCAGUGCUGCCUAUCAGUGCCGCCUAACAGUG